GUAAUCAGCUGACUAGAGAGGAUCUGCAGAGCCAGAGUGUAAAAAACAAGACGAAUUACAAUACUGAUGACCUACACUGACCGAGGAUUUCAUCAAUACUGUUCCCAAUAAAAGUAAAUGUUCCAGUAGAACCUGUCACAGGUCAACAGAGAAAAUGUCAGGAAACAGCCUGGUUUUACCCAUAGUGCUGUGGGGCCGUACGGCGCCCACUCACUGCAUCUCCAGCCUGCUGGUCAUGGAUGACCUCACCACCAUCAUCACCGGCUGCCAUGACGGACAGAUCUGCAUCUGGGACAUGACCUCCGACCUCGAGAUCAGUCCCAGGGCCAUGUUGUUCGGCCACACAGCCUCCAUCACCUGCCUGUCUAAAGCCAGCCCCUGCAGUGACAAGCAGUACAUCGUCAGCGCCUCAGAGAGUGGGGAGAUGUGCUUGUGGGAUGUCAACGAUGGACGCUGUAUUGAGUUCACAAAGCUGGCCUGCGCUCACACAGGGAUCCAGUUCUACCAGUUCACCAUCGGUACGCAGCGUGAGGGCCGUCUGCUGUGUAACGGACAUUACCCAGAGAUCCUAGUGGUGGACGCCACCAGCCUUGAGGUCCUCUACUCCCUCCUCUCUAAGAUCUCUCCUGAUUGGAUCAGCUCCAUGAGCAUCAUACACUCACAUCGCACACAAGAGGACACCGUGGUAGCGGUAUCAGUCAGUGGGAUACUGAAGGUGUGGAUCAUCACACAGGAUCUCAGCAGGAUGCAGGACCUGGACCCAGUGUUUGAGGAAGAGUCUAAGCCCAUCUACUGUGGGGGCUGUCAGAGCAUCUCUUUCUGCACCUUCACACAGCUCUCUCUGCUGGUGGUCUGCUCCAAGUACUGGAGGGUGUUUGAUGCAGGGGACUAUUCCCUGCUGUGCUCCGUGCCCAGUGAGAACGACCAGUCCUGGACAGGAGGAGACUUCAUCGCUGCUGACAAGGUCAUCAUCUGGACAGAGGACGGAUGCUCCUACAUCUACAAGCUCCCCGCUAGCUGCCUGCCUGCCAGUGAGCACUUCCGUACUGAUGUAGGGAAGACUGCUGAGGGCUCCAUCCCACCUCUGGUGUACAGCAUCGCAGACCGCACAGACAAACAGCUACUCAUCUGUCCCCCGGUGACACGGUUCUUUUACGGCCGUCGGGAGCCCUUCCACAAGCUGCUGGUCCAGGGAGAUUCGGCCGGACGCCUCUCCCUCUGGAGCAUCCCCGACACCUCGCCCCUGCAGCCCCUCUCCACCGCAGCAGAACUCCAGGUCUCCUCCACCAUCUCCCUCCAGGAGGCCUUUGACAAGCUGGCUCCCCUGUCGGCGGGCAUCAUAGACCAGCUGAGCGUGACGCCCGGGUCGGAGGAGCCCAUCAAGGUGACGGCCAGCGUCUACAUCCCCUCCCAGGGCAGACUGGUGUGUGGCAGAGAGGAUGGAAGCAUCAUCCUGGUCCCCGCCACACAGACCGCCAUUGUACAGCUGCUGCAGGGAGAACACAUGCUGCGUAGAGGCUGGCCCCCUCACCGUACCCUGCGGGGUCACCGUAACAAGGUGACGUGCCUGCUGUACCCCCACCAGGUGUCCCCCCGCUACGACCAGCGCUCCCUGGUGUCUGGCGGCGUUGACUUCAGCGUCAUCGUCUGGGACAUCUUCACUGGAGAGAUGAAACACAUCUUCUGUGUCCACGGAGGAGAGAUCACACAGCUACUGGUCCCCCCUGAGAACUGCAGCAAUCGUGUUCAACACUGUGUGUGCUCUGUGGCCAGUGACCACUCCGUGGGUCUGCUCAGCCUGCGGGAGAGGAAGUGCAUCAUGCUGGCGUCUCGACACCUCUUCCCCAUCCAGGUCAUCAAGUGGCGCCCCUGUGAUGACUACCUGGUGGUGGGCUGCUCUGAUGGGUCAGUGUAUGUAUGGCAGAUGGACACAGGUGCGUUGGACCGCUGUGUGAUGGGCAUAACAGCUGUGGAGAUCCUGAAUGCGUGUGAUGAGGUGGUGCCGGCCGCUGUGGACGCUCUAAGCCACCCUGCGGUCAACUUGAAACAGGCCAUGACACGACGCAGCCUGGCCGCGCUCAAGAACAUGGCCACGCACAAACUACAGACCCUGGCUACCAACCUGCUGGCUGCAGACAACGCAGACAAGGGCAACCUGCAGAAGUACUCCAACAACAGUCUGGUGGUGCAGGCCAUGAAGACCAACCUGACAGACCCCGACAUGCAUGUCCUGUUCUUCGACGUGGAGGCGGUGAUUAUCCAGCUGCUGACGGAGGAGGCCCAGCGGCCCAACCCCACCCUGGUCUCCCCUGAGACCCUCCAGAAGGCCCAGGGAGCAGCCGACAAGGGAGGGUCCUUCCUGGCCAACAAGAUCUUCAAACAGGUGAAGGAGACAGUGAAGGAGACCAUUAAGGAGCACCUCCUGGAUGAAGAUGAGGAGGAAGAGGAGGAGAUGAGGAGACGGGAGGAGAAGUCUAAGUCCCUGUCUCUGUUGGAGUAUAACCUGACCAUGGACACGGCCAAACUGUUCAUGUCCUGUCUCCACGCCUGGGGCCUCAACGGACCGCUGGACGAGGUGUGUCUGAGCCGACUGGGCAUGCUCAAACCCCACUGCCCCAUCUCCUUCGGCCUCAUCUCCCGCGGAGGUCACAUGUCUCUCAUGCUGCCCACCUUCAAGGAGUCCCUGCUGCGGCAGAUGGCCCUGGUCACGGGCAGGAAGUUGUCCCUGUCAGAGAUGGUGGGUAAAGGGACGUACGGAGUGUCCCGGGCCGUGACCACCCAGCACCUGCUCUCUGUCAUCUCAUUGGCUAACACCCUGAUGGGCAUGACCAACGCAACCUUCGUGGGAGAACACAUGAAGAAGGCACCCGUCAGGCCUCCUAGACCCGGGACCCCUGAGACGCCCAAAAAGACUGCAGCACCCCCCCAGGUCUCCAGCCCGGCUGUGCAGGGACAGAUCAAACAAGCCGCUGCUGUUGCUGCUACCACCAGUACUACCACUCCUGCCACUGGGGCUUUUCCCCCAGGUCCCGCUGCUUUCCAUUGUCCCUCAGUCAACGAAGGUUGGAGCCAGCUGGCUGCUAUGCACUGUGUGAUGCUGCCUGACCUGCUGGGCCUGGACAAGUUUAGACCACCUCUACUGGAGAUGUUGGCACGCCGCUGGCAGGACCGCUGUCUAGAGGUGAGGGAGGCUGCCCAGGCCUUGCUCCUGGCUGAGCUGCGGAGGAUUGGUCAGUCAGGCAGGAAGGAUACCAUCGACCUGUGGGCACCGUACCUGCCUCAGUACGUGGACCAAGUCAGCUCACCGGGAACCUCCACUGACCCCGCAGCUCCGCCCCCACCCCCUUCUGAACCCCUUCCUGUGGAAACACAGGUCCCUACUGCCGAGGAGAUGGAAGUCACAGACGAUGACAUCAUAGCAGGCUGUCUGUCCAACCUGCCCCCCAACACCAAAAAGAUCUGUAACUCGUACGAGGAGCGUAAACAGGCCACCGCCAUCGUCCUGCUGGGGGUCAUCGGGGCAGAGUUCGGGGCGGAGCUGGAACCCCCUAAGCUGCCGUCCCGAGCCAGGACCAGUGGACAGGCUCCGGAAGGCUUCGGGCUGACUACUGGAGGAUCCAACUACUCUCUGGCUAGACACACCUGUAAGGCCCUGACCUUCCUCCUCCUGCAACCCCCCAGCCCCAAGCUGCCCCCCCACAGCACCAUCCGCCGUACAGCCAUAGACCUGAUUGGUCGAGGCUUCACCGUGUGGGAGCCCUAUAUGGAUGUGUCCGCUGUUCUCAUGGGGCUGCUGGAGCUGUGUGCCGACGCAGAGAAACAGCUGGCCAACAUCACAAUGGGCCUGCCCCUUAACCCAGCGGCCGACUCGGCCCGCUCGGCACGCCAUGCUCUCUCUCUGAUCGCCACCGCCAGACCCCCGGCCUUCAUCACAACCAUCGCCAGAGAGGUCCACAGACACACAGCCAUGCAGGCUAACUCCCAGUCUCAGCAGAAUGUCCACACCACCUCUCUGGGCCGGGCUAAGACCGAGAUCCUCAGGGUUAUAGAUAUCCUCAUUGAGAAGAUGCCGACUGACGUAGUGGACCUGCUGGUCGAGGUAAUGGAUAUCAUCAUGUACUGCAUCGAAGGCUCUCUGGUAAAGAAGAAAGGGCUGAAUGAGUGUUUUCCUGCUAUCUGCAAGUUCUACAUGGUGGGCUACUGCGACCGGAGUCACCGUAUUGCCGUGGGUGCCCGCCAGGGUUCAGUAGCCCUUUAUGAUGUCCGCACGGGCAAGUGCCAGAACAUCCAUGGUCAUAAGGGUCCCAUCACAGCGGUGUCGUUUGCUCCAGACGGGAGGUACCUGGCCACCUACUCUAACGCGGACAGCCACAUUUCCUUCUGGCAGAUGAAUACGUCUCUGCUGGGCAGUAUUGGCAUGCUGAACUCUACCCCCCAGCUGAAGUGUAUCAAGACCUACCAGGUCCCCCCAGUGCAGCCUGCCUCUCCUGGCUCUCAGAACGCCCUGAAGCUGGCCCGCCUUAUCUGGACCUCCAACCGAAACGUCAUCCUCAUGGCCCACGACGGCAAGGAGCACCGCUUCAUGGUCUGAUGGGGUCAGGAGUUAGAGGUUAAACGGUCACCACCAGGGGGUCAACUAACUAACCACACCCAGGAAGCGAUCGAGAGGAAAAGGCUGUGCAUCUAUCGUUUACAUUGGUUACUAUUACAACUAUUUAAUUGUCCAGUUGUUUACAAUUCCUCCACUCCCUUUUUAACAAAUUGUUGUUUUUCCUCUCCUCCCCGGACGUUUCCUUUCCUCUGUUAUUUAAAGUGAAACACCACUAGUGUUGUUGUCUGGUCUGUCUUGGUCUUUUCAAAGCCCUUGGUGUGAUGAUUCGGCCUCUAGAUGUACACUUUACACCUUAAGAAAUAGUCGUCUGUGUGUGAUAGAGAGGGCAGGUGUGGACCUGCACUGAGAGGUGUGAAAGGUGUGUGUGUGGGUUAUGCUUUUUAUCUUCUAAACUGCACCAAGCAUCUCAGCCCAUGUGUUAAAUAGGAUAACCCUGCUCACCGCUACGUCAACUGAUGAUGCACACCUUUAAUCAUGAACCCUUUACCAAGCCAUUCUCCCUACCCUCCCAAAUGUUCAUAUUAAACCCCAAAGAGGGAAGAUGUGUUCAAAAUAUAUCACUGUUAGUUCCGAGAGGGAGAUAAUAUCAUAUGAAGAAUAUCACUAUAAAUGCUUUAUUAUUGUAGCUGGUUGUUACCCUGUAUUACGUACAUAUGUUUAUCCGUCUGCUGUUUAUUUUCUGUUGGAUACUGUGUAGAACAGUGUGUUAGGCACUAAGAUACUGUUAUUAAUAUAUAUACUAGGUUCUGAGAGUAUAUACAGAUACUAGGUUCUGAGAGUAUAUACAGAUACUAGGUUCUGAGAGUAUAUACAGAUACUAGGUUCUGAGAGUAUAUACAGAUACUAGGUUCUGAGAGUAUAUGCAGAUACUAGGUUCUGAGAGUAUAUACAGAUACUAGGUUCUGAGAGUAUAUACAGAUACUAGGUUCUGAGAGUAUAUACAGAUACUAGGUUCUGAGAGUAUAUACAGAUACUAGGUUCUGAGAGUAUAUACAGAUACUAGGUUCUGAGAGUAUAUACAGAUACUAGGUUCUGAGAGUAUAUACAGAUACUAGGUUCUGUGAGUAUAUACAGAUGGAUAUAUAUGUUAGAGAGACUUUACAUUGACUAUAUAUCUUUAUUUCCCUGGAAUGCAGAUGCUAUUAUUGUCUUGCUUUAAACCCUCGUCUGGCAGCAGGCUACCAGUGUUGUUAGCGCCCCUGUGAGUUCCCUGCUCUGCUCUGCUCUGUUGCUGGCUGCGCUGCCUGCUCCGCUUCUCUCCGCUCCUGUGAAGUUCCUUUCAUUAGCGGUGUAAAAGCUUCUAACGCCAGAGAACACCUGCAAGCCCAAGCGUGUCAAAGCUUUUCACAAGUUCUCUCCCCCAAAAGUAAAUUUUUCCACAAUCUUGUCAGACAGCUUUUGAAGGCCUUGACUUGACUUCCACCCAGUCAAGCAACCUUGCAAGAUCUUAAUCUCUUUCUCCUCUGCCCACUGUAAUAGCUUCAGAAAAUGUGUUUUUUGGCAGUUUCUCUGGGAAAGAAAAAAAGACAUUGAGAUGGAGAGAGUGAGACAGUGAAAGAGGAAAGUACACGAGGCUAGAGGGAACUGGCAGGAGGAUUUCAUCUCAGCCUUGGAUUUAGUUUUUCUUCCAGGCUUACGUUAUGUUAUGUAAUUCUUUGAAUGAGAUUAAUGUGACACCUUUAAUAUCAGCGGGUCUAACACACAACCUUGAGGAACUCCUUUGUAUAAUACUUCUGUAUAAAACAGAGCUGAUGCAGCUCUCCUGCACCGGAGCAUUUGUCUGAGGUGUUGAAAGACUACUACACACCCUGGGUGGCGCUGGUAACUAACCUGUCAAGAGUUUGUUUACAUGGAGCAGCCGGUCAUGGUGUGGGUGUUGGAGAGCAGGACCGCCUCUUUAGUUGAAUUAGGGUAGGUCUCUAUAGAGAAGGUAGUGAGGCUUCCUUCCCUCUCUCUCCCUCUCUCUCGCCCUCUCUCCUCCUCUCUCCCUCUCUCUCUCCCUCUCUCUCCUCCCU